AUGAUUAAAAUGUCAGUGAAAGCACGACGUUCAAUUUUAACACGUAGUUCACAAAGAUUUGCUAGUCCACCAUGUUGUUUGGAUAAAACAGAACCCCCAACUUUACGACAAGUCAUCCAUACAGUGCAAGACAGAAAUCUGUCAAACAAGACAGUCUGCACUUGUCCUCCUAACAAGAAGGUUUCCCUAGAAGACAGAGAAUACUUAAAGGACCAGAGGGAAAAAAACAGGGCCAAAAGGUCGUUAUCAACUGGGACCUAUCGACAAAGCCAAUGCCUUUCUGCUGGACCUAAAACAUAUGGAUCUUCUUUACCCAAAGAGAUACGGAAGUCGAUUAUCUACCCCCUCUUUCUUCUCUUCUUUCUUGUUCUUUUUUCUUCUUUUUCUUCACAUUUUUUUCUUCUUCUUCUUCUUCUUCUUCUUCUUCUUCUUCUUCUUCUCAAUCAUCAUUGA